GCCAGUGCGUAGAGUAGUUGUAAAAGAGUUGCUGUAGUCUUGUCGGCGCGUUUCAUUCAUCAGUUUAAGAAACAGUUUCAUCAUCCCAACUAACGUGACUGAUACCAGAUAUCAUGGCAUCAUUCGGGCUCCCUGCAACGGCGAGAUUGGGGAGAAUGGCAAUUGAUAAUUUUUAUCAAUUCACAAAAAUAGCGAGCUUGAGGCCUUCGUUAUCGUCUAUGUCCUCCAUUCACAAAAAGCAGUGGUUUGGUACAGCAACAGAAGAGCGUAAGAUUCCAGAAGGUGGUGGAAAUUCAGGUGUCCCUCCAUCGACAGAAGUUUCAGAGAAUGAGAAGAAGAUAACGGCAGAGUUGGAAGCAUUAAAUAAAGACUUGGCUGAGUACAAAGAAAAGACUAUUGAAUUGGAUAAUAAGUACAAGAGAGCAUUAGCUGAAGGAGAAAAUCUCAGAGUCAGAUUAACCAAACAAAUUAAUGACGCCAAACAGUUUGGUAUACAGGAGUUCUGCAAGGACCUACUUGAGGUUGCAGAUAUUCUUGGAAAAGCUACUGAAAGUGUUCCAAAAGAUGAGCUCACCGAAAGAAAUCCACACUUAAAAAGUCUUUAUGAAGGACUUUCAAUGACUGAGGCGCAGCUGCAUAAGGUUUUUACGAAACAUGGACUUGUUUCUUUGAAUCCCAUAAAUGAAAAAUUCGACCCAAAUCAACACGAGGCACUGUUCCAACAGGAAGUUGAAGGUAAGGCGCCAGGUACGGUUGUUGUGGUUUCUAAAAUCGGAUACAAACUUCACGAGCGUAUUGUACGGCCAGCUUUAGUAGGAGUGGCAAAAGCGUAAAUUGAAAAGCCCUGAAGGUCUCUGAGUACGAGUAUCACAAACAAGACUCUUGGUUUUGUUGGAAGGUAUAAACCCAAAUGCUCCAUGUCUGGUACAGGAAUUUUGCGCUGACCAAGAAGUUGAACAGAUUACCAUACUACGAAUACAAGAUCUAAGAAAUGAUGUAAAAUAAAAAGUUUUUGUUUGUGACGCAGUAAUAUUGUAUGACAUCCACACUGUGGUUUUUUAUUAUUCCAAAAAUAAGGUGGAAGAACUGUACAAAGAACGGUUUUUUAGUUCAUUUCAAUCACAGACGUUCUUUCCCCUAGUGAUUAGUUUCUAAAUGUCCUGUAUGUAUAUUGUUAUAUCUAUUCGGUUCAUGGUACGCCACUGUACUGUGCAAAUAAAUAAAAUAGUAGAAAAUUA